AUGGGCAAGCGCGGCGGUAAGAAGUCUGGCAGAGGCGGCGGUAGAGGCGGCGGGCGUGCGCCGCGCCAGAAUUAUCAGGAUAUCCCGAAGCAAAACGAAAAACUCGAGCGCUACUACAAUGAGCUUGGAGCUAUCCCAGAAGAGGAGAAGGACGCAUUCUGGGAGGCACUGCGCAGAGAUUUGCCAAACAGCUUCCGGUUUACGGGGUCACGAGGACAUGCGCUUGCUGUGCAAGAACGCCUCAGGGAGCAUUACAUCCCGGAGAUCACUUCCAUUCAGUACGAGGGCAACUAUGUCGAGCCGCCGCGCCCAGUUCCCUGGUACCCGGACCAGCUUGCCUGGUCGAUGACCACGCCUAAGAAUGUCGUCCGUCGUUUCGCGCCGUUCGCCUCGUUCCAGAAGUUCCUUGUCGCAGAGACGGAGGUCGGAAAUAUCAGCCGACAGGAGGUUGUCAGCAUGAUUCCUCCGCUCUUGAUUGAUGUCAAGCCUGGUAUGACGGUGCUGGACAUGUGCGCUGCGCCGGGUAGCAAGUCUGCGCAGUUGAUGGAAUUGCUCCAUGCGGGUGAGGAGGACACUAUGUUGCAGGCUGCGAAGGAGAUUGAGAACGGAACUGCCGGACCGGAUCCUAUUGGGCCUGAGGGCUUGAGUGAUGAUGGCCGGACUACCGGUCUGCUUAUUGCGAACGACAGUGACUACAAGCGUGCGCACAUGUUGAUUCACCAGAUGAAGCGAUUGAACUCGCCGAAUUUGAUCGUCACGAAUCACGAUGCUACCAUGUACCCCUCUAUCAAACUGCCUCCCUUGCCGGCCAGCGACGGAAAGCCCCAGAAGAACCGAUACCUGAAGUUCGACCGUAUCCUUGCCGAUGUGCCUUGCUCUGGUGAUGGUACUGCUCGGAAGAACUACAGCGUUUGGAAGGAGUGGAACCCUCAGAACGCUCUGGGAUUGCAUGCUACACAGGCCCGGAUUCUUGUCCGUGCAUUGCAGAUGCUGAAAGUCGGCGGACGGGUUGUCUACUCAACAUGCAGUAUGAAUCCUGUGGAGAACGAGGCUAUUAUCGCAAGCGCCAUUGACCGAUGCGGUGGCUCGACCAACGUCAAAAUCGUCGAUGUUAGCAACGAACUUGCCGGCCUCAAGCGGGCCCCUGGUCUGAAGUCCUGGAAGGUUAUGGACCGCGAGGGUCGGAUGUGGAACAACUGGCAAGAAGUUGAGGAGCAAAGAGAGAAAGAAGGCAUCAGCGGACUUGGCCGUAUUGCGGUGGGCAUGUUUCCCCCUACUGGUCAGAACGCUGAUAUCCCUCUGGAGAGAUGCACUCGUAUCUACCCUCACCUGCAAGACACCGGUGGUUUCUUCAUCACUGUGCUGGAGAAGCUGUCUGAGAUCAAGGCUAAGCCGGAAGACUCUUCGAAGGUGAUUCCCAAGGGAACUGUUGCUGCGCUCUCUGAAGAGCUUGACCACAAGAAAAAUGGAAACGGUGAACCCCUGGAGAAGAUCGAGGCAUUGGACGACCUGGUUGCUCCCGAUGCGCAAGCUCAGGAGGAGGCCGCAAAGAAUGAAACCGUCGCGCAGGCCUCGCACCAGAUCCCGUACUCUGCCACCCUCGAAUCGUCAGUCCCAGUGACGUCUACCAAGAGAGAGCCAGAUGACGAACCUCAGCUUCCCACCAAGCGCGUCAAGGUCGAGGAUGGUAGCGAAGUCGUCAUGGGCGACCGUCCCGUUCAUGCUCCCCCGCCUGCGGCUGGUGCUGAGCUUGAGACGACUGUUCCCACCGAAGCAGCUCAACCCACCGUGCCCGUUGAAUCCCAAGCGCAGCCGCCGCCCAAGAAGAAGCCCGGCCAACCCUUCGAAGAGCCCUUCAAGUACCUGGACGCGAACCACGAGGAACUUGCUCCUAUCUUCCGGUUCUACCAGGCUUCUGACCGGUUCCCGAAAGACCGCUUCCUGGUACGGAACGCUCAAGCAAUUCCCACCAGAACAAUCUACUACUCCAGUGCAUUGGCACGAGACAUUCUGACCCAGAAUGAAGGUCAAGGUAUCAAGUUCGUACACUGCGGUGUCAAGAUGUUCGUCAAGCAGGAUGCGCAGCGCAACGAAGUCUGCCGCUGGCGUAUCCAGACUGAUGGGUUGAGACUCUUCGAGCCAUGGCUCGGACCUGCCCGUAGUGUUACUUUGACCAACAAGGAGACUCUUCGGAGACUGUUGGUGGAGAUGUUCCCCAAGGUCGAUGGAGAGAGUUGGAAGGAGUUGGGCGAGAUUGGUGAGCGUGUUAGGGAUAUUGAUAUGGGAUGCAGUAUCCUGUACAUUGAGCCUAAUGGCCAGGAAGAUGGACUGAAGGAACGAAUGGUCUUCCCUCUCUGGCGUUCCCUCCACUCCGUUAACCUCAUGCUUCCCAAGGAAGAGCGCCGGGCAAUGCUUCUCCGAGUCUUUGGCCAGGACGUCAACCUCGUCAACACCACCCAGAAACGCCAGAAUGCCGAUGACAGCCCCGCCACCGCGACUCCCGUAACCGAAGACAAUGCAGAGCCAGCUGGUGUCGCUGCUGCAACUGAGGAGCAGGCGCUUCAGGAUGAGAAUCUCAUCCUGGGCCAGGAUCAGCAGGAGCAGAUGGAGCAAAGGGAGACAUGGACUAAAGCUGGGGAUGAGGAGGAUCGCUUUAAUACGACAGUGUAG